UUACAGAGCAUCGCAGAGAAGGACAAUAACCUGAUGCCUAUUGGGAAGCCAAUCUUCGAGCAGACAUUUGACGAGGAGGAAGAGGAGGAGGAUGAGGAUGAGGAAGAUAGUGAAGAAGACUCUGAGGAUGAAGAGGACAUGCAGGACAUAGAUGAGAUGAACGACUACAACGAGUCACCGGAUGACGGCGAGGUCAACGAGGUGGACAUGGAGGGAGCAGACCAAGACCAAGACCAGUGGAUGAUCUAGACCAGAGUAAUCCUCGCUACUCUCUGAUUUCCCCUUAGUAGCUCUCCAGCAGGAUAGGUGCUCAUCUACUCUUCCUGACAGUGUGUCUUGGCUGGUGAACUUUCCCUGCGGUUCACACCCACCAUGGGAAACGACAGGGUGGUUUACUGCAUGGAGAACGUGCGUGUUCUCAUUUACUGCAUGGAGAACGUCUCAUUCAGUGUUCUACAGUUGCAAUGUGUGAAGACUGAACUGUAAAAGUUUCUUCAGAUAAGUGGUUUUGCAACAUUAGGAAAAAGAAAGGGCCUUCACCUCAACCCCCCUCUGCUAGUUCUGUCCUCCACAUCAGGUCGAGACAGUCAGACCCCUUGUUUAGACUACACACACACAUUUAACUCAAGGAUGUCUGAGUUUGAACUCACUCCCCUCUCUGGUACUCGUUAUUCUGUUGGAGUGUGUACUUUGACAUCUCCCCCAGUCAUAUGUCACAUCUGAAUGGGUUCUCUUAAACCAGCUGAAUGUGCAUAAACCACAGCCUGUACACUGCACUUGGGUAAUCUGGUGUGUGUGGCUGUGUGUGGCUGUGUGUGUGUGUGUGUGUGGCUGUGGCUGUGUGUGUGUGUGUGGCCAACAGAAACCUGGAGAGUAAGAACACAUGCUAUAGAAUGUCAGUAUUCAACAAGUUGUAAAAAGGAACUUAACAGAUGCUCAGUUGUAUGAAAAGUAAAUCACUUUUUAAUUUGUCAAGUUUCUUAUGUAAAUAAAGAAAAACAAUGUGUACAGAGAA